CACGCAUAGGGCUGCCCCAAAAACCCUUCUCUGAUUCUCUCCCUUCCCUUUUCUGCUACAAAAUGUAUCCUACUGUGCAUGAUACUCACAGAUACUCAGCUGAGGGGCAUCCAGUUACCAUCCCAGCUUCAGGGGUUCCCGAGCACAGUCCUGCGCCACCUUAUGCUCCUCCCUACAUCACCGCCACCACCAGCUUGCCGCGGGCUCUUCCUGCCCAAGGGCAGUGGACUACCGGUCUCUGUCACUGUUUUGAUGAUCCUGUAAAUUGUUUUAUUACUUGCUUCUGUCCUUGCAUUACAUUCGGACAGACUUCUGAGAUACUUGUGCUUCGAGGGGGUUGCUGUUUGGGGUGUUGACAUUGACUGGUUUUGCCUGUUUUUACUCGUGCUUUUAUCGCUCCAAGAUAAGGGCACAAUACGACCUACCGGAGCAACCAUGUGCAGACUGCCUGGUCCACUUCUGCUGCCUUCCAUGUGCUCUCUGUCAAGAGUACAGACAGCUCAGGAAUCAGGGAUUUGACAUGAGCAUAGGAUGGGAAGCUAACAUGGAGAGACAAAAGCGAGGACUUACAGUGGCUCCAGUGGUGGUUCCAGCCAUGACAAGAUGAUCACAAUGUUAUCAGCAUAGUUGCCAUGCCCCUGCUGCUACAGUACACCCUGUGUUGAGGCUUUUUACUCUUUGUAUUUUUUUGUUUCCUGUCCUGUUUGGUGUGUGUUUUACUUGGACCAGAACUGGCAAAUGGGUGGAUUGGGUUCAGGUUGUUGGGUUGAGGACUUGAGGUUGGUUCAUGAGUUGGGUUCCAGUGUCUUAAAAAGCAACCCAUUUUUUACUUUUCAUUUUAUAGAUUUGUGGGUUUGACCCAACCUUCAUGGGGUCAAAUGGGUAAGGUUAAAAUGGAUUACUAUGGGCAAUCACCCAUGAUCCGUUUUAAGCAGGUGUAUUAGGGUUGAAAUGGCAAGUUGAGUCAUUGUGCAACAAUGUCUAUGCUAUUGCUGGGUGUAUGAGAAACGAAAAAAUAGUACAAAAUUGCGAACUUGGAAUUUCUCUGCCAUGGCAUUAAGGUUAAAAUUAUAUAUAAAAUUAAACUAUGAACAUAGUU